UCUUAAUUCAGCUUCGCACCAAAAAUGAUCGCUUUUAUCAUGAAAAUCGCGUUUAGCAAUUAGCAGCAUGAGCUUCCUUCAGGGGAUCAUCGAUUCCUUUAACUCCGUCUUCUCUUCUGAUCCUUCUUCUUCUUCUUCCUCUUCUCAAUCUCACCUUAAUUCGACGCCAAUGGAAGCUGCUUCUUCUCCUUCUUCGGUUUCGAACGAGCGCGUGGCUUUCAAGCUCAAAGGUUACUACGAUUUGGCGACGCAGGAGAUCGCAAAGGCCGUUCGGGCCGAAGAGUGGGGUUUGGUCGACGACGCUAUUCUUCACUACAAGAACGCUCAGAGGAUCCUCCUUGAAGCCCAUUCUACCCCUGUCCCUUCCUUCAUCACUUCCAGUGAACAAGCAAAGGUGCAAUCUUAUCGUCAGAAGAUAUCGAAAUGGCAGGGCCAAGUCUCUGAGAGAUUACAGGCUCUAAGUAGACGAGCAGGGAGCUCAUCUGCCAAUCAGAGCACCUCAAACGUUGCACAAACUGCUGCAGUUCCACUUAAGCCAUCAAAUGGUAGAAAAAAUAUGGUACACAGGUAUUCUCAACCAACAGGGCAGGUGAAUAAAGUUGGAAGCUCAAAUUCUAGUCAAGCUGGUGUAAAUUAUGAUACAAAAUUGGUUGAAAUGAUUAACACUGCAAUAGUAGACAGAAGUCCUUCUGUUAGAUGGGAUGAUGUCGCGGGGCUUGAGAAGGCAAAGCAAGCUUUAAUGGAGAUGGUUAUUUUGCCAACUAAGAGGAGAGACUUAUUCACUGGUCUUCGAAGGCCAGCCAGAGGUUUGCUACUCUUCGGUCCACCUGGUAAUGGAAAGACCAUGCUUGCCAAAGCUGUAGCUUCAGAAUCAGAUGCAACAUUUUUCAAUGUGUCUUCCGCAUCAUUGACAUCUAAAUGGGUGGGUGAGGCUGAAAAGCUUGUCCGGACACUAUUUUCAGUUCAAUCCACCCUUCUCUUUUUCGAUAGAAAAAUAAAUUAAGAGAGAAGGAUUGAUAGUAUAAUGUCAACAAGAACGGAAAAUGAGAAUGAUGCGAGCAGACGGUUAAAAUCUGAAUUUCUUAUCCAGUUUGAUGGGGUGACCUCCAAUAGUAAUGAUAUUGUGAUUGUAAUUGGUGCAACCAACAAGCCACAGGAAUUGGAUGAUGCAGUUCUUAGGAGGCUGGUAAAGAGAAUCUAUGUGCCUUUACCUGAUGAAAAUGUUCGGAGACUUCUGCUAAAACACAAACUCAAGGGUCAAGCAUUCUCGUUACCGAGUAGAGAUCUGGAAAAACUUGUCAAAGAGACAGAAGGUUAUUCUGGAAGUGACCUUCAAGCAUUGUGUGAAGAGGCUGCAAUGAUGCCAAUUAGAGAGCUGGGAUCUAACAUUCUUACUGUUAAUGCAAAUCAGGUAAGAGGAUUAACUUACAAUGAUUUCAAGAAGGCAAUGACAGUCAUCAGACCAAGUUUAAAGAAAAGCAAGUGGGAAGAGCUGGAGCGCUGGAAUGAGGAGUUUGGCUCUAAUUGAACUUGCUUUUACUCAUCCUCUGGUGCAUCAUCAUGCAUGAAUGUGCAUAUAAACCUCUAUACUUUAACGGAAACAAACAUGACAAGGAUAUCAAUUAUCAUGGUUGGUAGCUAAAAUCAUUGAUCAAAUCAGGGUGCUGCUAAUUUUAUAAAAUGGCUACCCUAAAAUGGAAUAGAUACCAUUAUUAUUUCAAGCUUUAUUUGUACAUUUGUACAAUUUGUACAUCUUUCUAAGGACAAUAAAUUUGGUUUUUAGGGCUCCAAGGUUGCCCAUCCGAGCAUAUGAACUUUGAAACUAUUAUAGUUGAUUUUAUUGUAAACCAAGCCAAAGUAUAUUAAGCAUAUUUUCUUAUGGCAAUAAACAAUUUUAAUACUCGUUGAUUCUUUA